AGCUUGUUAAGCACAUUCCCUUGCCUUUCCGAUCCUAUGGGUCUAACGUCCAUACAUGAACCAAAAAAAUCCGCAUCCUUCUGGUCAGCAUGAACGACCCGGGAACAGAUGAGCCUCUGCGCGAAGUCGCGGAGGAAAUGGAGGAAAACCAGUAUGAGGGAGAGGACAAGGAGGAGCAAGACGCCGAAGAAGACUUCUUAGAUCCCAGCCGUUGGUGGUUCACGUCUACGGCUUGCCCGCUCAUCGCUGGCACAUUUGGACCUAUGGCAAGUGCAUUUAGUAUCUGCGCCCUCGUCGUGUAUUGGCGAGAGUACAUCCCCGAAGGAGGUACAGAAGCACACGGUGAACCCAUUAAAGAUCCAGCCUGGCUGACUGCGUUAAACUCAAUAUCGCUUGUCCUGGCUUUGAUUGCAAACAUAGCGCUUCUCCUAAAUAUGACUCGGAGACUCAAGUUCGCAGUGGCACAGCCUAUUACGAUUGUUGGCUGGCUUUUGGCCUCUGCGCUAUUGAUUGCCCUAGUCUCGGUUGCUAGCACCCGCUCAUUCCGCCUGGAACCGCCAGAGAGACAUGCUCUCACCCAGGCCUACUAUUAUGCUAUCAUGGCCUCAGCUCUAUACUUCAUAGUUGCGUGCCUCAUGGUCCUCACUGUUGUAGGAGCUCAUCGGGGCCAUUACGAGAAGGAGUUCCGUCUUACGCUUGUCCAGCGAACUCUCAUGCUUCAAACCAUUGCCUUCAUGAUGUACUUGCUCGUAGGAGCUUGUAUCUUUAGUUACAUUGAAGACUGGAAGUUCCUUGAUUCUGUAUAUUGGGCUGACUUCACACUGCUCACUGUCGGCAUCGGCGAUGACUUUACUCCCAAGACUCAUUUAGGACGAUCGCUUCUCUUUCCGUACGCUGUUGGCGGUAUUGUCACCAUCGGUCUAGUUAUCGGCUCAAUUAGAUCUUUGAUCCUUGAACGAGGAAAGGCCAAAAUGACGGCACGAAUGACGGAGAAAAAGAGAGAGAAGGUUCUAAACACCGUUAACUUGGACAAGAGGACGAUCAAGAUCAGCACGUUCAAGACGAUCUCGUUCUCGCAGAAAGGCUUGUCCGAAGAUCAGCGACGCGAGCAAGAGUUUAACAUCAUGCGAAAGAUUCAAGCCGACGCGUCAUCAAAUCGCAAGUGGAUGGCUCUGGGGCUUUCCACAGUUGCAGCAAUGACUCUUUGGCUUGUAGGUGCCGUCGUCUUCCAAAUUGCUGAACGAAAGCAAGGAUGGUCGUAUUUUGUUGCCUUGUACUUUUCAUACACUAGUUUGCUCACGAUCGGAUACGGAGAUUUGCAGCCAACUUCAAAUUCUGGCAAGCCUUUCUUUGUCUUUUGGUCACUGCUCGCUGUUCCGACCCUUACAGUACUGAUCAGCAACAUGGGAGAUACAGUUGUUAAAGCAAUCGCCGACGUAGUGGACUGGACAGGAACCCUAACAAUAAUGCCAGGUGAGAAUGGGGCUAAAGCGGCGUGGCGUUCAGCAAUACAGGGGCUUGCCCGGAAGGUUCACAACAAUGAAUGGGAGACUGCAGUACCUGGGAAAGCCCUUCCCAAAAAAGGUGGAGAUCAGUCCGAUGAGAGUCAAAAGCGUAGUGUGCAGGCGCAUGCAAUGGCUCGAUUAUCGCAAUACAUCGAGGAGGAAGAACUUAGGCAUGCAAGAGAAGCAGGUAGGCAUGGUGAUCUUACCGAACGUGACAGACAUCUCUACCAUUAUGUCCUGUCAAAAGAAAUAAGGCAACUGAUGAAGGAUAUCCAAGCAACACCUCCUAAGCAGUACUCGUACCAUGACUGGGCGUGGUAUCUGAAGCUACUUGGCCAAGACGAAGAUGAUAGAAAAUAUCACCGGGAUCCUCCCGUUUUGCCAGAUCAGAAAAGAGCGGAUGCAAAGAACGAAUCAGAGUACCUUGGCCAAGGAAUGGGUCCUAAUGGUGAUCUCAGCUGGUCCUGGCUGGGUACCAGGAGUCCUCUCAUGGGCAACAAGAGCGAAGCUGAGUGGCUCUUGGAGAAGCUCAGUGAGGCUUUGGAGCUUGAAUUGUACGAAAUGCAUUCUGGCAGGAGGUGUCGACACAAACCCCCAAUUUCGUUCCAGGACGUUCUCGACAAGGAGAAAGAGCGGAAACGUUCAAUCGGCUCCGAAAAAGUGAAUGCAGCUGCAGAGGAAGUUGCGGCAGAAGACGAAACGAAAAGAUCCGCGAGCAGCUCAAAAGAUUCAGAUGAACAAAAUCGUUAGUUGAUUGACGACAUGACGAGAUUGGGGAAAAAAAAGAAUAAGGAGAGUUAGCACGCAUUACAGGGAAAGUCAACAGAAAUAUCAGAAUGAUUGCUCACGAACGGCAUUGCUUUGACUAGGAUACCCGCUGUGUUGCCAGCACCUGUAUUUUAGUUCUAUAAGAACGACACAAAAAGCUUUUGAUCUUACAAUACUCUCGAGGCAACGGUUGAGGACAGGGGAAAAAAAUUUCCAUGUUUUUGGACACAA